GUCAGCUGACCCAGGGGACAAUCGGGCUGAUUUAGGCCGCUUGCCUCGGCCUCACAGUCGCCGCCGCCAUGGCCAGUCAGUCGCAGGGCAUCCAGCAGCUCCUGCAGGCCGAGAAGCGGGCCGCCGAGAAGGUGUCCGAGGCUCGCAAACGAAAGAACCGGAGGCUGAAGCAGGCCAAAGAAGAAGCUCAGGCCGAGAUUGAACAGUAUCGCCUGCAGAGGGAGAAGGAAUUCAAGGCCAAGGAAGCUGCGGCUCUGGGAUCCCAUGGCAGUUGCAGCACUGAAGUGGAGAAGGAGACCCAGGAGAAGAUGACCAUCCUCCAGGCCCACUUCCAGCAAAACAGGGAUGAAGUUCUAGAUAACCUUUUGGCCUCUGUCUGUGAUAUCAAGCCAGAAAUCCAUCAAAACUAUCGUAUAAAUGGAUAAGGGAGAAGAAAGAAGUGCCUGUUCCAUGGAUUGGCAUUUUAGAUGCCAUUUUAGAUCCUGGAAUAUGAAGCUCUAGCAAGGCUUGAGUUAUAUUCUUCUGUAAAGGCAUUAAAUUAUUUCCAUAUAUUAUAUAGUCGGUCCCUUCACUUUUUGAGGAACAGCAAAUCUAGCUUCUUUGUACAGAUUUAGAGCUUAUCCAAAGAUUUCAUCUUUUUACCUCAUAUUUUUUAGAAAUUUCAUGG